CUCAAACGUGUAUAUGUUGUUUGUGGAAAGAUGGCGGUGUCAUCUUCUGCCAGCUAUGUAAAAACAACAAUCUCAAAUUCGUCAGGAUGGAAAAGUUUAAUAACAUUUACAGUUUUGUUAUUAGCAUGGAUUUCAGGAUUUUCAUCUCGUUUGUUUGCGGUAAUACGAUUUGAAAGCAUCAUUCAUGAAUUCGACCCUUGGUUUAACUAUCGGUCCACAGCAUACAUGGUGAAGAAUGGUAUUUACAAUUUCCUGAACUGGUUCGAUGAAAGAGCAUGGUACCCACUGGGCCGCAUUGUGGGGGGCACCGUGUAUCCAGGCCUGAUGCUCACAUCUGGCAGCAUACACUAUGUGUUGCACACAUUCAACAUUCCGGUGCACAUCAGAGACAUCUGUGUCUUUCUGGCACCAACUUUCAGUGGGUUGACUGCCAUCUCAACAUACUUGCUGACAAAGGAACUUUGGUCACCAGGAGCAGGUCUGUUUGCUGCUUGUUUCAUUGCCAUUGUGCCAGGGUAUAUCAGUCGCUCAGUGGCAGGCAGCUAUGACAAUGAGGGCAUUGCUAUCUUUGCUCUGCAGUUCACAUACUAUCUUUGGGUGAAAGCAGUUAAGAUGGGGUCCAUUUUCUGGUCCUGCAUGACAGCACUCUCCUACUUCUACAUGGUAUCAGCAUGGGGAGGCUACGUAUUCAUCAUCAACUUAAUCCCACUACAUGUCUUCAUAUUGCUGGUGAUGGGUCGCUACUCGAACCGCCUCUUUACCAGUUACACCACAUUCUACAUACUAGGACUCCUGCUCAGUAUGCAGAUCCCAUUUGUUGGUUUCCAGCCCAUUCGUACUAGCGAGCACAUGGCAGCUUCUGGUGUGUUUGCACUUCUGAUUCUGAUGGCUGUUUUGAAGUACCUGCAAUCAGUACUCUCGAAGGCCGAGUUCAAGUACUUCUUCAUGGUGGCAGCCCUGGUUGCCCCAGUUUUGGUCUUUCUUACUGUUGUGGGCCUCACAUAUGCUGGGAUUAUUGCCCCAUGGAGUGGCAGGUUCUACUCUCUAUGGGACACGGGCUAUGCUAAGAUCCACAUUCCCAUCAUUGCGUCUGUGUCAGAGCACCAGCCUACAACGUGGUUCUCCUUCUUCUUUGACCUUCACAUUCUAGUCACAACUUUCCCAGUGGGCCUUUGGUACUGCAUCAAGAGCAUAACUGAUGAGCGUGUGUUUGUGGUGCUCUAUGCACUCAGUGCUGUGUACUUUGCGGGGGUGAUGGUGCGUCUCAUGCUCACGCUGACACCUGUCGUGUGUGUGCUGAGUGGAAUUGCGUUCUCCCGCUUGCUGGAGCUGUACUUGAAAGAGGAAGAGAACCCUCAAACUGCAGACACUGACAGUGAGGAGGAAGGCAGCGGGGAGCGAAACAGCCGUAACAUGUACGACAAGGCUGGGAAACUACGCAAGAUGAAGCAUGAGCAGCAGAAAGAGUCGGAUGGUCUGGGUGUGAACAUCCGCAGUAUUGUUAUUGUUGCAGUUCUGAUGAUGCUGAUGAUGUUUGCAGUGCACUGUACUUGGGUCACCAGCAAUGCCUAUUCCAGCCCAAGCAUUGUGCUGGCCUCAUACAGCCAUGAUGGGUCCCGGCAGAUCCUGGAUGAUUUCCGAGAAGCAUACUACUGGCUGUCUCAGAACACAGAUAAUGAUGCACGUGUGAUGAGCUGGUGGGACUAUGGCUACCAGAUUGCGGGCAUGGCGAACCGCACAACCCUGGUGGACAACAACACAUGGAACAACAGUCACAUCGCUUUGGUGGGCAAAGCCAUGUCCUCCAACGAGAGUGAAGCUUAUAAAAUAAUGGUGUCCCUGGAUGUGGACUAUGUAUUGGUGAUAUUUGGUGGAGUGAUUGGUUACUCUGGAGAUGACAUCAACAAGUUCUUGUGGAUGGUGCGGAUAGCAGAAGGGGAGCACCCGAAAGACAUCCGGGAGAGUGACUACUUCACAGAUAGGGGAGAAUUUAGAGUGGAUGCUGAGGGAACACCAACACUGUUCAACAGCCUCAUGUACAAACUGUGUUACUACAAGUUUGGAGAAUUCAAGAUGGACUACCGAAGUCCUGCAGGGUUUGACCGUACCCGCAAUGUGAUAAUUGGGAACAAGAACUUUGAGUUGACAUAUCUGGAGGAGGCAUACACAACAGAACACUGGCUUGUACGAAUAUAUAAGGUCAAGAAGCCAGACGAGUUCAACCGUCCACGAAUACCGGUGUCAGAACGUAAAAUAAAACGUAGCAAGAUCUUCGUGACAAAGAAGACCAACAAACGCAAGAAGGGAACAAUCAGGAAUAAGCCAACAGUUGUGAAAGGCAAGAAGCUGAGUUCCUAGUGAGAUGUUGGGCGCCGCCUUCACAGUGUGCCUAGAACACAAUGGAAUGAGAUGUGACUGGCCUUCCAGGGCACAUAACAUGUGUUGCAUUUAAGUAUGUUUCAGUGCCCCAUCUCUGGGAAAGUGUACAGCAAUCUUUAUUUUUUAGACCUUAAUGUAUUUUGUAAAAAGAACGAGGCUCCUCUAGUUAACAUCUUGAUGUCUUGUUUGUGUAGGAGAUUCUGUGUUCUGUUUUUGUGUGCAUGUGGUUACAAGGGCUCCAGUUCAUGUUUGUUGUUGUUGAACUUUGCAAUACACAUUUCCGACAACACUACUCAUUUCUGGAUACAUCCUAUCCUGCUGACAGUGUAAUUCGCCCACUUGGUAAUUGUUUGGCUCAUUGAGAUAAUGAAAACCAGAUCCUGAA